AUGAGCUAUCGUAUUUACCAGACUCAACCUCGUAAUGAGCUACCGUAUUUAAACGGUGAGUACCAGACUCAACCUCUCCCCUCCGCUCCUCCCCUCCCUCCCCUCCCCUCCUACCCCUCACUUCCUCUUCUCGCCUCCCCCUCUAGUCUCCUCCCCUACCCCUACCCUCUUCCCUCCACUCAUCUCCUCUUCACUCCUAUCCUCGCCUCCACUCCUCUCCCCCACCCUCCGAACCGGUCCCCUCCUCUCCCCUCCAGUCCCGUCCUCUCCUCUCCUCCCCUUACUCCUCUCCUCUCACUUCCUCUCCUCCCCUCCCCUCCACUCUUCUCCUCCACUCCCCUACCCACCUACCCUGUUUCCUCCUCCCCCUCUCCCCUUCUCUCCCCUCCCCUCCCCUCCCUCCUCUCACUUCCUCCUCUCGCCUCCCCCUCUAGUCUCCUCCCCUACCCCCACCCUCUCCCCUCGAUUCAUCUCCUCUCCCCUCCUAUCCUCCCCUCCACUCCCCUCCCCCACCCUCCUACCCGAUCCCUUCCUCUCCCUUCCAGUCACCUCCUCUCCUCCCCUCACUCCUCUCCUCUCACUUCCUCUCCCCCUCCUCUCUCUUCUCCUCCUCCCCUCCCUCUCCUCCUCUCCCUCCUCUUCUCUUCUCCUCCCCUCCCCUCUCCUCACCUCACCCUCUCCCCUUCCCUCCCCUCACCUCCUCUCCUCCCCUCCACUCCCCUCCUCCCCUUUUUCCUCCUCUCCCCUCCUCCCCUCCAGUCCCCUUCUCUCCUCCCAUCCCUCCUCUCCUCUCCCUUCCUCUUCUCCGCUCCCUUCCCCUGUCCCCUCCUCCUCUCUUCUUCUCCCCUCCCCUCCCCUCGCUCCUCUACCCACCUAUCCUCCCCUCCCCUCCUUUUUUCUCCUCCCAUCCCCUCCCCUCCUCUGCUCUCCCCUCCUCUGCUCUCUUCUCCUCUUUUCACCUCUCCCUAUCUCUCCACUCCUCUCCCCACCUCUUCCCUCCUCUCUUCCCCUCCUCUACUCUUCCCUCCUUUCCCCACUCCUCAUCUCCUCUCCCUACCCUUCCCCACCUCUCAUCUCCUCUCCCUACCUCUCCCCUCCUCUCCCCUUUUUUCUUCCCCUCUUCUCCCCACCUCUCCUCUCCUGUCUCUCAUCUCCUGCCCUCCCCUCCCUUCAUCUCCCCACCUCUCCUCUCCUCUUCUCGCCUCCCGUCUCCUCGCCUCCCCUCCUAACAUCUCCCCACCUCUGCCCACCUCUCCUUUCCUCUCCUCGCCUACCGUCUCCUUGCCUCUCCUCGCCUCCCCUCCUAACAUCUCCUCUCCUCUCCCCUCCUCUCCCCUUCUCUCCGAAUCCCCUCCUUUCAGAACCAAUGCAUUACUCCAUAUGGAGGACUACCAUGACGGCCGACCGGUCCGCCUCUCAUCGGUCCAGGGUUUGUACGGCCUUUACGACAUCUUCCGGGGACUUACGGGGUAG